AUGCCUUCAGACCAGAGUACCUGGCUUAUAGCUGUUCCUCAGGGACACGACCCACAGGCUACAUAUCAGAAGCUCGCCACUAAAUUAGGGCAACAGGCCAAACUGCCCUCUAGGAAUAUCGGCCAACUCGCCAUCCCCAUAUUCAAGACUGGGACUCUCGAUUCUCUCAUUGCUCUAUCGGAAGAUUUGCCAAAGCAAGAAAGCUUCUUCACAGCGACUGUAGCAAAGAAUGUGGAGACACUGCGCAACCUCUUGAACAACGAUCCAGCAAAACUUGAACAGCAUGUUCUAGUAGACGAACAGAGCGUUGAUACCUAUCUAUUAAAUGGCUGGAAGUGGAAUGAGGAUCGUUAUGAUGUGCAGAAGAGCUUGCGGGAAUUGGUAAACACGUUACACAAGGAAAUGACAUCCAUUGAUAAUGCGAUGAAAGCGAAACUGAACAACUAUAACUUGGUAAAGGGAUCCCUGACUCAAAUGCAACGAAAGAAAGCUGGAAACCUCUCGAUUCGGUCCUUGGCUGACGUAGUUUCCAAAGACGAUUUCAUCCAGGAUUCGGAAUACUUGGAGACCUUGCUCGUUGCUGUACCGAAGUCUCUUACCAAAGACUGGAACGACAAAUACGAAAGAUUGGCAUCAAUGGUCGUUCCUAGAACCUCAACGCUCAUAACCACAGAUGAUGAAUACUCACUGUUUAGUGUCGUGAUUUUCCGUCGAGUUCAUGAUGAAUUUGUACAGAAGUGCCGUGAACAAAAGUUUAUUGUCCGGGAUUUUGUCUAUUCAGAAGAAGAAAUCGCAAAACAGCAACAGGAGCUGGAAAUAGCAGGGACAACCGCGAAGGAACUUUGGACGGAACUCUUGCGAUUAGCACGAACGAACUUUUCUGAGUCUUUGCAGAUUCUUGUUCAUCUUAAAGUCAUUAGACUAUUUGUGGAGAGUGUUCUGCGAUACGGACUACCAGCAGAAUAUAUUGGCUUUGUGGUAAAGCCCGAACCAAAAAACGUUAAGAAAGUUUUCAACAUUCUCCAAACACAAUUUGCAUACCUCAGCUCCAGAUCAAGCGUCGCUCAAGGUGGAAAGAUUGGUGGUGAGGAGUUUAUUGGAGAGUAUCAGACUCUUAUGGAUCAAGAAUUCUUUGAUUUCAUUCUCUAUGAGGUUCCUUGGAUUGUCACUUAG